CAAGGCCUCCACGUACCAAUAAAUAACAAAGUACCAUAUUUUUAGGGCACGUCCAAUUUCACCACCUCCAAUUCCAAAUUUAUCGCCGUAAUUGGCCUCCAUCAAAUGAUUAACUAUAACAUCAGCCUUUCACCUAUGAUGUCUGACACGCUUAUUAUCAAAUGCUUCCACUUAUUAUCUUUUCGUGCUUCGAUUUUUGCGGUCACGCUAACCGCCACCCUUUUCAAUCACUCAUUUCACCGCGUUUCCUCCACCCUCAAUCUCUCUUCGAUAUCUUUAAUCGUAUCUACUACUUGCGCAUAACAUUUGACCUGUUUACUCCAACUUUAUUUAAAAAACAAACUUUAUCUGGCACGUGUUAGCAAUGACUCACUAACGUUAAGAAAAUAAGGUCAUUUUAUAAAGACAGUCAAUACAAACGUGUUAGCAUUUAAUAUAUAAUUCAGUUUUUUUCCUUUGUGCGUUUUUUAUGGUUCACUAAAGAUUCUGUUUAAUUUCGUUGCGUGCUAAUGGUUGUUGAAAGUUUCGCGAAAAAUUACUCGUGUGAAUAUUGCGAUAAAAGUUCCUGGUAUCGGAUACAAUUGCGCAGUUGCCAUAAAAGUGUUAAUAUAUUCCGUCCCAUAAAAAAUAUGGCGCCUUAAAGCACUGUUGUAGGACAGUGGUACAACCAUUAAGAAUAAAACCACUCCUCUAUGCAAUCUUUUUCUUGCAAUUAAAAACUUCUUAUAAAUUUUUGUGGCGAAGAAACCUUGGAAGGGCAAGGGUGUGUUAAGUAGAAAGGUUAGCCCCAGGAGUCUCAGGGCAAGAAAGGCGGAGUGAAAGAGCGCAGGCCUCGACCUCCACCGCGUCGUUUCGAAGUUACCGAGGGUGGUCGACUGUAGGAGUCACGCAAGGGCGAAACGAGACCCGAGUGGCCAGCUUGGGGAACCGAUUGUUUCCUUGGCAAAUCAGUCAGUCUGCAGAAUGAAGUGUCCCGCGUGGCUGCUUUUCGCGUUGUUCCCGCUGUUGUUUGCCGGAAUACCGGUGUCCAGCUCGCAGAGGACCCACGCGAGGCAGGGCCUGGGUCGUGAGCAACCCCUUGUCAAGAUUUCUGAUCAGGGAACUGUCGCUGGCAAGGAGGCGUUCCUAAGUCCGACGCAGAAAGUUGUACAGUAUUUGGGAAUACCGUACGCACAACCACCCGUCGGUAAACUACGCUUCUCCAACCCCGUUACCGAUCCUCUUCCAUCAUGGAGCGGUGUACGAAACGCUACUCAGUUUGCACCGUCUUGCCAGCAAUUGACGAAUCGAUUGAAACUUCACGAGCAACAUUACAAAGGAUUGCUACCACCUGAUCAACCUGAUCCUGGGGUCAGCGAGGAUUGCCUUUAUUUGAACAUUUUUGCUCCGGAUGGAAAUAAACCGGACGAAGGAUGGCCGGUGAUGGUGUGGUUCCACGGCGGUGACUUCAACACCGGAACACCAGCGAUCUGGGACGCGUCUAUUUUCGUCAACAAACACAAAGUGAUAGUAGUCACGGUGGCGUAUCGUUUGAACAUCCUCGGCUUCUUCACCACAACGGACGCGGAGGCGCCGGGUAAUUACGGUAUGUUCGAUCAGAUCGCAUCCCUGGACUGGGUCCAGAAGAAGAUCCAUCACUUCGGUGGUACCCCCUCCAACGUGGUGAUCUACGGCCACGACUCGGGCGCAAUCAGCGUGGGUCUUCACCUGAUCAGUCCUCUGAGCAAAGGCAAGUUCUCCAAAGCGAUCGCGAUGAGCGGCGACGCGUUGAGCUCCGUGGGCACUCUUCAAAGGGAGCUGUCCGUGGUGGACAUAGUCGCCGAGAAGUUCGGCUGCUAUCGUCGUCCAACGUCGGCGCUGAUGGAGUGUCUUCGUCGGGUACCCGUGAAGCUUCUGGUCCACCAAUCGUCGGACAUAGAGUCCUGGGGUCCCAUCACCGACUUCGAGACCAACAACUCCACCGAGCCGUUUCUUCCGGAUCAUGCCAUAAACAUGUUAGAGAGCGGCAACUUCUACUCCGUCCCUCUGCUAGCUGGCUACACGAACAACGAGUACGCGUUGACCUAUAUCGAAGGCCUGGAUAAAGAGAACGCCGAGGGCAAGAUGUCCUACGACACCUUCCAGAUGAUGAUCACGGACUGGUUCUCGGCGCUGGUCCAGGGCCCAGAAGACAACAGCACCUGCGAGCUGAAGCCAGAGAUGGUCGCAGAGGCGGUGCUGUUCUUCUACAAACCCCAUCCGCCGACCAAGGACCAGGGCGCACUGCGUGACAGAUACCUGGACCUGCAAAUCGAUAGGAAUAUCGCGGCUGGAAUGACUCUGCUGGCUGGCAAGGUGGCCAAGGAGAAGCGGGCGUUCGUUUACAGGUUCGACUACCGACCCAAGACUCAGUCAGUCAUCAAAGACGUACCGGAAUGGGCCGGCGUGCCUCACAUGUUCGAGUUACCCUUCGUCUGGGGGCUUCCUUUGCAGGCUGGCAGUCCUAUCCAGUGGAACUUCAACGAUAAGAAGAUGGCCGAAGUGGUGAUGGCGAUGAUAGCCGGGUUCGUGAAGACGGGCAAUCCCUCGCUGAACAACGUCAAGUGGGAACCGUACACCGAAGACGAGCCUGGGAUCCUCAUCAUCGACAGGAACAUCGACAUGGCUCAAGCUAAUACCGUCGACUACAAAGCGCUCGCUUUCUGGAACGAAUACUAUCCGAUGAUUCUGGAAGAGGCCACCAAUAACUGUUGUAACGUAACCGGUAGUGGCGCCGCGUGGAGACGAAGUUCUUACAACGUUGUUUUUAGCGGAUUGUUUUGGGUAAUGGUGACGUCUGGGUUCCUUGAACUGUAGUCCGUUUUGGGAGGUUGUUCUUUGGAUCUGCUCAAAAAGUAUGCUUGAAUGUAUCGGUGAUCGAGAGACUUUUGGGUAGACUUCCUUUAGGUUCUGAUCACGCAGUAGGCUAGCCACGUGUACAGAGUACAAACGAGCGUCUCUUAUUUAAGUUGUCACUGGUCGCAGCCUCGUUAGAUUUAGGACUCGGUUCUGAUGUUUAGAAACGUGCACCAGAGUGGACCACCUUUUGACAACACACGUAAUGUUUUGAAAGAGGUUUAAAAAACGUGUCGAUGCACCGGCAUCGUUCACGGCGUAGUCUAUGUGGAAAAGAAAAGUAAGAUAUUCGAUUAGUCGCGAAGAUGGAACGCUUAAAGAGAUAAUGAACAUUGUAAGUCCAGGAAAUUUGAAUUAAUUUCUAGAUGUAAAGUAUCUAAAGAUGUUAUCAAAGAUAAAAGUAAUUAAUUCGCUUUGAUAAAGUUCGAUUUCGACUAGAACUUACAUCGCUCGUUAUCUUUCGGAUCGAAUCGAGAAAAGGGA